UUAUAAACUUUCUUUGGUCGUAGCAACUGUGCUGUUUAUUAUUGUCAAAUGCAACCCAGCGCAUAUAUGAAUUGUCAAUUCAUAUGUCAGCUGGUUGUCAUUUAUGUCAUUUUGUUGUCAUUUUCCUUUCGUUUAAAAUCUUGUUAUUGUUAUUGUUUUGCGCGUAAAAUGGAGCGGAUCAUCGUUUGCUGAAACACGGCUAUUAUUAUUGUUAGUGAAGUCCUAAUGACUUCGUGUUUUUUACAUAUAAUGUUAAAAUGACUGAUACAGAAUUGGGAGAAUUUGCUAUAUUGAAUAGUGGUGACCAAGAUAAUAUAAUUGACGGUAUGUUUUUUAAUCUAAUUCAAUUGUAUAAAGAAAGACAAAAUCGGAAGCGUAAAAGACGUUGGCGUACACGUCCUAUUAAUAUGGAUUGGUCAAAAACUGGGUACCAUCAACAAACGUUUUUAAAAAUGAAAGAAAUGGAUGAAGAGAAACUUUUCUGUCACACACGCAUGAGUAGAGAAAUUUAUGGCGAAUUGUUAAAGUUAACGGCAGUAUCUUUGACAAAAUACAAAGAGCAAAUACAUGCUGAGGAACGCUUAUCAAUCACACUUUUAUACUUAGCUAAUGGAAGUUCCAUUGCCGACUUAGCGCAAAGCCACAAACUUGGAAAAACUACUGCUAGAAAUAUUAUACUAGAAACAUGUGAAGCGUUAUGGGAGAUAUUAUCUCCCAUAUAUUUAAGUGAACCAACAGAGGAUGAGUUUAAAGGCAUUAGCAAUGAUUUUUUGAAAAUGUGGGAUAUGCCAAAUUGUGUUGGUGCUCUCAGUGGCAAGCACAUUAACAUUAGUUAUCCUUCGAAACAAAAAAGUCAAAUUUUAGUGUUGAUUGCAGCUUGUGACGCUAAAUACACUUUUACGACUGUAGGCGUCGAAGCAUAUCAGAAUCAAACUAAAGGUGUAUUCCACGCUACUAAAUUUGGGAAAGACUUAGCUGAAAAAACAUUGCCUUUACCGCCUAACGUACCUUUACCAUUAACAUCAGAGCCGUUUCCUCAUUAUUUUGUUGGAGAUUGUGCAUUUCCGCUUAAAGAAAAUUUAAUGAAGCCUUAUCCAGAUGUACAAGAGUGUGCCAAUAGAACACAGAAUGUGUUUAAUUACAGACUAUCAAGGGCGAGUCGUGUGAUAGAAAAUGCAUUCGGUAUUUUAAUGACGCGGUGGAGAGUACUGAAGACAUCGUUGGAGUUUAGUCCGGAAAAUGCUAAAAAAAUAAUUUUGGCAUGUUUAUUACUGCACAAUUUUAUAAUAUCCAAUGAUACAAAUCAAUUGUAUUGUCCAGCGAAUUACGUAGAUGCGGAAGAGGAAUAUUUUGUGGUAAGAGGAGAUUGGCGGACUGAGUUAGAAACUGUUGGAGGCCCGCUGUCUUCAGCAACAUCUGCCAUAAGUAGUGAGGCAGAUAGUGCAAAUGAUACAAGAGAGUAUCUGGCAAAUUACUUCGUUAAUGCAGGUGCCGUUCCAUUUCAAAACCAUGUAAAAUAAUUAAAGCCACUUUAAUUUAUAACAAAUAAAAAGUUUUAAAUAGAUUAAAUAUCUGUUAAGUCUGAG